AUGACGCGCCAUCCGUUCUCGAAAAAACAAUUCUAUAUUCUUCUUUCCGUCAAUCCACCAUGUGCAGAUGCUUUAAAACUCAGGAAAGCGAUGCAGGAUGGUUUGACGGAGACUUUUGGCGUCACAGCCUCUGGCACCUAUCUUGAUAUCCUCUGGAUUGCUGAAAGUGGCUCAGAGGUCGUCAUACGCCUCUCCGAAGAGGAUGCUCCGAAACUGAUGGCAGCCGUGGUUAUAACACCUGCCUCUCCAAGGCUUUCGGCGAUCAAACAAACAAAUUUCCUCCCAUCCUUAACGCUGUCAAAAGAGAGGUUUACAUGA